CGCUCCUCACGUCCCCAGCUCUGCCCGGCAGCAGGUGCGUGCCCACCCCUCCGUGCCGGCCAUCGUUCCCCCGCUCCCCCUUCGCCCUCCCCAGCGCCGGAGAGAGCGAGACGAAAAGUGUCGGAGCGGGGAGCGCAUAGCAACAGGGUCUAGGAUGAAGCAGGUUCGGCAGCAGCAUCUCCGGAAGCCAGUGGCACCAGAUGUCCUGGUAAGCCCCAGCAGCCAGGAUGGGGACCUGGGCUCCGAGUGCCCAGAGGACAGAGGGAACUGGACAGGGCGGCUGGAUUUCCUCCUCUCCUGCAUCGGAUACUGCGUGGGCCUUGGAAACGUCUGGAGGUUCCCCUACAGGGCUUACACCAACGGAGGAGGAGCUUUCUUGGUUCCUUACUUCAUCAUGCUGGCCAUCUGUGGGAUCCCCAUCUUCUUCAUGGAGCUGUCACUUGGCCAGUUCUCCAGCCUGGGGCCACUUGCUGUCUGGAAGAUCAGCCCUCUCUUUAAAGGCGUUGGCAUGGGCACAAUCCUCAUCGUCUCCUUGGUGGCCAUUUACUACAAUAUGAUCAUUGCUUACGUUCUCUUCUACCUCUUUGCAUCCCUCACAAGCGACUUGCCCUGGCAGCACUGUGGCAACUGGUGGAACACUGACCUGUGCCUGGACCACCACGUCAUCAAGGCGGGGAACAGCACCCUCCCCGUCAACAUCAGCAACACCGUCAGCCCCAGCGAGGAGUACUGGAGCCGGUAUGUCCUGCACAUCCAAGGAAGCUCGGGGAUUGGGGAUCCUGGGAGGAUCCGCUGGAACUUGUGUCUGUGCCUGCUCCUUUCUUGGACUAUUGUUUAUCUGUGCAUCCUUAAGGGAGUCAAAUCCUCUGGCAAGGUUGUGUACUUCACUGCCACCUUCCCAUAUCUCAUCCUGGUGAUGCUGCUCAUUCGUGGCGUGACCCUGGAGGGGGCCUGGAAGGGGAUCCAGUUUUACCUCACACCCCAGUUUGAUCACUUGCUGUCUUCCAAGGUGUGGAUCGAGGCAGCCCUGCAGAUUUUCUACUCCCUUGGGGUGGGCUUUGGGGGCCUCCUCACCUUCGCCUCAUACAACACCUUCCAUCAGAAUAUCUACAGGGACACCUUCAUAGUGACCCUGGGCAAUGCCAUCACCAGCAUCCUGGCAGGGUUUGCCAUCUUCUCCGUUUUGGGAUACAUGUCCCAGGAGCUUGGGGUCCCUGUUAACCAGGUGGCAAAAGCAGGUCCUGGUCUGGCUUUUGUGGUGUACCCCCAGGCCAUGACAAUGCUCCCCCUUUCUCCAUUCUGGUCAUUCCUGUUCUUCUUCAUGCUGUUAACCUUGGGCCUGGACAGCCAGGUAAGGACAGAGCCCACGGAGACAGCCAUGGACUCCAGGCAGCCUGAGGGCUCAGGGGACCCUCUCCUCCUGUGCCUGCAGUUUGCAUUUAUGGAGACCAUCGUUACGGCAGUGACAGAUGAAUUCCCCUACUACCUGCGGCCAAAGAAAGCUUCCUUCUCAGCUGUCAUCUGCAUUGCCCUCUUCCUGAUGGGGCUCAUCCUCACAACAGAGGGUGGGAUGUACUGGCUGGUCCUAUUGGAUGACUACAGUGCUGGCUUUGGUCUCAUGGUGGUGGUGAUCACUACCUGCCUUGUGGUGACACGUGUCUAUGGCAUGAAGAGGUUCUGCCGAGAUAUCCACAUGAUGCUGGGAUUCAAACCAGGCCCCUACUUCAGAGCUUGCUGGAUGGUCCUAUCCCCGGCAACGAUGAUGGCUCUGCUGGUGUAUAACAUUGUCAAGUACCAGCCUUCUGAGUAUGGCAACUACCGCUUCCCCACCUGGGCAGAGGUCUUGGGCAUCCUCAUGGGAGUCCUCUCCUGCCUGAUGAUUCCCAUGGGCAUGGUGGUGGCUGUGCUCCAAGAAGAAGGGACGCUGUGGGAGCGAGUCCAGCAAGCCAGCCGGCCGGCCAUGGACUGGGGCCCGUCCCUGGAGGAGAACCGCACCGGCAUGUACGUGGCGAGCCUGGCUGGCAGCCAGUCCCCCAAACCCCUGAUGGUGCACAUGCGGAAAUAUGGGGGCAUCACCAGCUACGAGAACACGGCCAUCGAGGUGGACCGGGAGAUGGAGGAGGAGGACGAGGAGGAGUCCAUGAUAUGAGGGGACUCAGCGUCCCAUAGGCUGGGUGGGAGCUCGCCUCCCAUUUUGCACAGGUUGCACUGCAGCACUUCAGGACAGCUUGGCGGGUCUUUCAAGGAGUAGUCGGGAGCUGCUGACCCUGCCAGGUUCCCCAUCACCACCCUGGCCCUGCCAGGACAGAGCUGCUGCCUGUCCUGGUGCCCCCGAUGUGUUUCUGUUCAGUGUGACAAACUGUGUGAUGAGUCCAUGUGUUUGUGUGACAGUGUCUGGUUGAAGUGUCACAGCUGUCCCACUCCCACCUGCAGCCCCAGCCCUGCUGUCCCCUCUCAGGAUUGUCCAGGGUGGAGGGAUGUCCAGGCUGCAGGAGGUGGGGAGGAGGAGAAGGAGCUCCUGUGUGUAGAUCUGUUCUCUGUUUGUCUGUAUUUGACUCCAAUAUCCCAUAAACACAUAUGAGAGAAUCUGUAA